AUGUCGGAAGCUCCUCCACAGAGUACUUUAGUUCCAGCUGUAUCAAAACCAGACCGCCAACCAGUAACCGUCUCAAAACCUACACCAUAUACCUUUGACCUUGGCCACCUCCUCGCCACUGACCCGAACCCUUUCCCAUCAACCUCUGACAUCACCAAUCGAAACGAACUCCUUAGAUCCACCGCCCGCGACGGCGCCCAAUCCCUGCUAAACGAGCUCCUCUCCACCCGCCCCAUCACUUCCAGCCUAGAUGGUCUGACUCUCUCCCUCCCACCUACCACAACUCAAUUACCACGGUGGAAGCCCCUCCCCAAACCUAAACCUCCCACAAAAUGGGAAGCCUUCGCGCGUAGAAAGGGCAUUGGCAAAUUUGCGGGAGCCGCCUCGGGGGGCGCAAAGCUCGAGGAUAGGCGGAAAAAUAUGGUGUAUGAUGAGGAGAGUGGGGAGUGGGUCAAGAAGUGGGGAUAUAAGGGAAAGAACAAGGAAGGCGAGGGAAACGAUUGGUUGGUGGAGUUGGACGAGAAGAAGCUUAAGAGUGAGGAGAAACAUGGGCAGCCGGAAGGCAGGAACGUGAGGAUGGAGGGGAAGAGGGAGAGGAUGGAGAGGAUUAGGAGGCAGGAGAGGAGGGAGAGGAGUAAUGCGAGAAGAGGCGGGAAGCAAGCAAGGACAUGA